GCGUCCUUCAACAUAUCAGGAGGCAAGAUCCAUUCGUGCCUCAGAAAGAAUGGCUGAAGACAAAGUGGAGUUAGCUCUGAUGAAUAAGAUGGGACAACAUGAGGUGAGAGAGCCGAACCUGUUUGAGCGGCUCUUUCAGCCGUGUGUAGCCGAGCUGGUGGGAACCGCUUUCUUUGUGUUCAUCGGAUGUGUGUCCGUCAUUGAGAACGUGGCGGACGCCGGCAGACUCCAGCCUGCACUGGCUCACGGGCUCGCAGCGGCGGUGCUGAUUGCAUGUAUGGCAGAGAUCAGUGGUUCACAUUUCAAUCCAUCAUUCACUAUAGCCGUCUACAUCUGUGGUGGAAUGGAGCUGAAAAUGGUGGUGCCGUACCUGAUCUCUCAGCUUACUGGAGGUUUACUUGGUGCAGUCAUGGCCAAUGGAAUGACCUCGAAUGAAAAAUAUGCACAAGCUCAAGGUGCGGCAUUUACAGUUCUCCAGGCUGAUGACCAUGUUUUGAAGCCGUUAUUUGGAGAAAUUGCCAUGACGUGUCUUGUUACCAUGGUGGUCUUACUGGGUGCAGUUAAUGCCAAGAGCAAAAGUCCUUUGGUCCCAUUUUUGGUGGGCUGCACAGUUAUUAUUAAUGUACUAGUGGGCGGUGAUGUGUCUGGUACAUGCUUGAAUCCGGCGAGAGCUCUGGGUCCUGCAGUGCUGACCAACUAUUGGACUCACCACUGGGUUUACUGGGUGGGACCCAUUACUGGUGGCCUUAUUGCUGCUGCAUUAGUCAGAAUUUUGCUCGGAGACAACAACACCCGUCUACUGAUGAAGUAACAUUCAGUACAUCUUUCAAACAGGCUUUGGAUUUUUAUUUUCUUAAUUCUCUGUCUGAGUGCACCAGAAUUGAACUUGUUCUAAU